CCUGACCCAGAAACGCAUAUAUACACACACACCCAGUGUUUAUCAGGUUUUUAGAUUAUGUCCUCAUUCAGUCCUGUGGUAAACUAAAGUUGUCACUGCUAACAGGCAGACUCUGUGUGUUUUCUCACCCUUUUGACUGUGGCCUCCACCUGCAUCUGUUUUAAGCUGCAUCUCACCUCCCAAUCAAUCCAUGUGUGUACAUGAAGACUGCUUUUUAAAUCACAUUUUUUCUUUUAUCCUUCUAUAUGCAGAAUGGAUACAACUCAGACAUAGUGCUUCAUAAUGAUGUUGUGCCUUCAGCUUUAUUUGCAUGAUGAAAUCAUGUGUGUGUGUGCUGUUGGCAGCUAAAGCUUGCGAUUCAACAUCAUUGUGUACAUGACACAAAAAUAUGAAGAACAUGUUAAACUCUAAUUAGCACAGGACAGUUGGAAGUGUGAGUGCAUGGACUUUGCAAAUGUAUUUCUCACAUGUGCAACACAUAGUAUUUGUUUUACAGUCCUUCUUCUUACUUCUUCAGCAAAGAGAGAACUGGUGGUGAUGUCAUCUGCAUCACCUUUAUAGCCUCUGAACACAUUCUCCAUUCUCCAGAAAUGUUUCAUUUGUUUGAAAUUGAUAAAACUGGAGAUUUGUUGUGGAUGGAUGUUGUGGCACCUGCACGAGAAAGUUUUUGUUUUUCUGAGAUCAAUCAGUUGCACAAAUAAUCUAAAUUUUUCAUUAUGUGUUUGUGUGCAUGCAUGUGUCUGUGUGUGUCUGUGUGGCUUUUCGAGCUGUGUGUGAUGUGGGUGUGUGUUUUAGUCCUAUGUGGCUCUGAUUUUUAACUGCCGGGUCAUUUUUGACACUAAGACACAAGGGUUAAUUAAUUUGUAGAAAUCAAUCAACUUUGUGCACCAAAAAUAUCAGAUAAAGACAGUAAAGUUUCUGAAAUCUCAUAGUUGUAGUUCCGUCUCCCAGCCAGUAGGUGUCAGUAUGCGCUCUAUCAAAGCUUGUUAACUCAAUAAAAUGGGUAAAGAGUUAAAGUCUUCAUCUUCAGCUCAGUCAUCGAGCUUACUUGUGCAUUUUGUGUGUCUUCAGGGACAGUAGAAGGUGUCAUCUUGAGGCUUUUUAAACCGAAACCAUGGCCAAGGACAUGACUCUGCUGUGGGGCAGCGGCUCUCCUCCCUGCUGGAGGGUCCAGAUCAUGCUGGAGGAGAAGAAGCUGCAGGGCUACGACCAAAAACUGCUCUCCUUCGAGAAAAUGGAGCACAAGUCCCAGGAAGUCCUAGAUAUAAACCCGAGGGGUCAGCUUCCAUCUUUCAAACAUGGAAACAUCGUCGUGAAUGAAUCCUACGGUGUCUGUUUUUACCUGGAGAGCCAGUUUAAAAACCAGGGAACCAAACUGAUCCCAGAUGACACUGACCAACAAGCUCUGAUGUACCAGCGCAUGUUUGAGGGUCUCACAUUCUACGAUAAAGUUGCUGCUGUUAUCUACUAUGAAUAUUACGUCCCUGAAGGAGAGAGGCACGACUCAGCUGUGAAGAGAAACAAAGAGGCUCUGGACACUGAGCUGAAGCUCUGGGAAGGAUACCUGCAGAAGCUGGGUGCUGGCUCUUACCUGGCGGGACCGUCUUUCACACUGGCCGAUGUGGUUGUUUUUCCCACUGUUGCUAAUCUUUUCCGAUUUGGGUUGUCUGCUCAGCGUUACCCUAAACUGGGAGAGUAUUAUGGUCUGGUGAAGGAGAGACCCAGCGUCAAAGCCAGCUGGCCUCCUCAUUGGCUGGAAAACCCAAAGGGAGACGAGGACACCCUGAAGGACGUCUGAUAUUUACACUCUCUUGUUAUUGUGAUGUUCUGGUGUGGCCUCUAAUGCAAAACUUUUGCUUUUGUCUACCAAAAGCUUAACUAACAGCUUGAUAAAUAUGAUACAGCUCUGAUUUUGAUUAUUGGUGCUGUAAAAGAAAUUGUAGGCUUACUAUAAAGUUCUGAAUACAUUAGGGAAUUACAGGUGCAGAUAUGCGGUUCUUUUAUUUUGAUCCCUCUCUUGUCAAGUCUUUGACCAAAAAGUAUAAAAUGCAGGCUGUGUUCAACUGUACGUCAUUAAAUGGUUGCAGGGUGACAGCAGCAGGAAGACUGAUGCUAUGAUGACAUAACAGCUUUUGUUGCCCCCAUACACUGUGUUUAGAACUAACAUCUUCUAACAACGUCUACUAACAACGUCUGUCGACUCAUACAUGUACAUGCUACUGUGUCAAAAGUUUCUAAUGCAUUUACAGUUUCUGUGAAGUCAGUGUGCGUUAAUACAUUCAUAUCAUUUAGAAUUUCUAUGAGGCUCUCUGCAUUCAUACCACAUUAACUGAUAUAUUAGGGCUAUAAUAUCAUCAGUUUGCAUUGUAAAAUCCAAUCUCACAUCUCUUCCUCGUCCGAGUAGAAAAGGUGGGCGGAAUCUUGGAGAACAUGACCUUUGUAUUCAUUAUUUGAAUGUCAGAAGUGGGUUGCUCUGCACAAAGGUAAGUCAAAUAUCCUGCGUUGGCAUGACUUUGCAUAAAUGAAAUUGUUCAAUAUUGUGUCCUUUGCAUGAUUUUUGCAUUUUCACUUUCAUGCACAGCCUUUUGGAGACACACCAGCCAUACUGUAUGUUCAACUAUGUCACUUCAAUAAACAGUAGAUGUGUAUCAGG